AGCUUUCUUCCUCUCUUUUCCUUUCUCUCUCAUCUUCUUCUAUGGCUUCUUCCUUCACUGUGUGAUCGUUUCGGAACCCUAAUUCGGCCGCGACGAUCCUUGCGAGUUCAGAUUCUAGCAAUCUAGAUAUCGUUCUAGAAGCUUCUCAGCUGGUCACAUUUUGCUUUUUUCCGUUCCUUGUCGGUUUGCAUUAUUCCGCGAAAUCGGCGAGGUUCCGAAGGCUUCUUCGAAGUUUUCGGUAGAUUUCGCGUGUUUGGCGUUGGCGGGUUCUGAUCGGAGGCAAAGCGGCGGCUGCGAGUUGCGGAAGUAUCUGGAAUUUAUACUUUCUUCGUCGUCGGAAUUUGUGUGAGGAGGAUGAGAUUUGAAGGAUGAACGAUGCCGGUGCUGCGUAGCGGAGUGCGCAGGGGCCGGGCAGCAGCGAAGCAGCAGCAGCAGCAAGAGCAGAGUCCGGUGGAGGGGGAAGCGAUUGCAACGAGAACAAGGAGGCGGCGUGCGGCGGCGGCGGCGGCGGCAGUGCCGAGGAAUAACAAGCAGCAGCAGGCAGCUGCGGUGGUAAAUGAGAACGUAGUUGUUUUGGCGGCGAAGGAAGAAGAGAAUCGGGGAUUGGAGGAAGGUGUUGGUGGCGGUGGAGCGGAGAAGGAAGAGGUAGGGGAGAAAGAGAUGGAUGAGUAUGACAGUGGUGGUCGCAGCAAUGAUAAGGCCAAUGCCGGUGAAGAAGAUGCGAACGCCCCUCAGGUUCCUCAGAAGGUUCAAGUUGGUAAUUCCCCCUACUAUAAAGUGGAAAGAAAACUCGGCAAGGGUGGAUUUGGCCAAGUAUAUGUUGGACGACGUGUUUCUGGUGGAAAUUUGAAUGAGAGAACUGGACCGGGAGCUCUAGAGGUUGCAUUAAAACUUGAGCACAGAACUAGUAAAGGAUGUACCUAUGGACCACCCUAUGAGUGGCAAGUGUACAACACUCUUGGUGGCAGUCAUGGUGUGCCACAAGUACACUACAAGGGUAGGCAAGGUGACUAUUAUGUGAUGGUUAUGGAUAUGCUGGGACCUAGCCUGUGGGAUGUUUGGAAUAAUAAUUCUCAUACCAUGUCCACUGAAAUGGUUGCUUGUAUUGCCAUUGAAGCAAUAUCUAUAUUGGAGAAGAUGCACUCUCGAGGGUAUGUGCAUGGGGAUGUGAAGCCUGAAAAUUUUCUGCUUGGUCCUCCUGGGACACCUGACGAGAAAAAAUUGUUCCUUGUAGAUCUUGGAUUAGCUACUAAAUGGAGGGAUAGUACAACAGGCUUGCAUGUAGAAUAUGACCAAAGGCCAGAUGUUUUCAGGGGCACAGUCCGCUAUGCUAGUGUGCAUGCACAUUUGGGAAGAACGGGAAGCAGGAGGGAUGACUUGGAAUCUCUUGCAUAUACACUGAUUUUUCUUCUCCGAGGUCGUCUUCCUUGGCAAGGGUACCAGGGAGAAAACAAAGGAUUUCUGGUUUGCAAGAAGAAAAUGGGAACAUCUCCAGAGAACCUAUGUUGCUUUUGUCCCCAACCUUUUAAACAGUUUGUUGAACAUGUUGUGAACUUGAAGUUUGAUGAAGAGCCUAACUAUGCAAAAUAUAUUUCUUUGUUUGAUGGGAUUGUGGGUCCAAAUCCAGAUAUUAGACCAAUUAAUACAGAAGGAGCACAAAAGCUCAUCGGUCAUAAGAGAGGCCGGUUGGCGAUGGAAGAAGAGGAUGACGAACAACCCAAAAAGAAGAUUCGUAUUGGUUUGCCAGCAACCCAGUGGAUUAGUGUUUACAAUGCUCGCAGACCAAUGAAACAAAGGUAAUACA